CUAAUCAAUUUUUUUAUUCGACUUUUGAUUAUUUUAUUGACAGUGACAAAGAUUUAAUCUGAUUAUCAACAAACUGAAAUAAAACUUGGAGAAAAUUGAUCAACAUCAAUUGGAAUUGUGAAUUAAUCAACAACCGAAGGAAUAAUUUCAAAGCUAUUGACAUUUUCCUUUGUCUAUUGUUUAUCAUUUUUAAUAUAGAAAAAGGUUUUCGUCUUUUAUUUAAGUUCAUUAAAUUAAUAAUCAAAUCAUCAGCUCAACAUAAUCUCCAUCAUCUCAUUUGCUGAUUCUUGACCAUGGAGCCAAUAAAGCCAAUUGACAUUUUAAGUGAAGAAGUCAAAGAAUCAGAAUAUUUUAAUGACAAUCCAAAGAGUCUUGAUGAUACUUUUUCCAAGGAAAUUAAAUCAAUUGAGAAUCGACUUGUAGCUGCUGAACAAGAAAAGACUCAAUUGGAAAGUAAUUGUCGAAUUUUACAAACAAAGAUUAAUAUGAUCAUCGAAGAAAAAGAGGCAGAGACCCAUAAAUAUAAAGAAAGUCGUGCUCAUCAUGUUGAAGUUCAAAAGCGUCUUACCAAAUCUCUGAGAUCCUACAAGAAACAGCUGAUUGAGUUGAAGGAUGUGCUUGUUCAAGCUCGCGAAGAGACGGAAAGGAUUCGGGAGGAACUCGAGUCGAUAAGAAAACGCGAGAAAGAGCUGCGACGUGAAAUCGAUAAUGAUAAACACAAUUUAGAAAGUGAAAGAGUGAAAAAUAAAAAGCCGAUAGAAGAGAUUGAAGAUGAUCGCUUGACCAACAAAACUAUGAAAGAAGAUCGCUUGAAGAAGGAAAAGGAAGCAAAGGCUCAGAAAAUGGCUCACAAGGAAAACGAUUAUGAAGAAAAGAAAACAAUCUUAAGUUAUGUUGGUGAAUUAAAUUUCUCAAAGCCCGUUCAUAGAGCUGAUAUUUGUUCUGAAAUAUUUGAUAAGGUCAAUUUGACCCAAUCGUCCGGCAAACGCAAAUCAGGAGAUUCUUUUCCUAACAUGUCCGACUUCUUCUCCUGCAAGAAAACUAAAUCUAAUCUAUUCAACAGUUUUUUGAAUAGUUCAUCGACAACACCAACCCAGCGGAACAUGAAAGAAUUGGAAAACACUCAAAAGAAACUGAAUCUCAACAUGAGCCUAGAAAAAUUGGACGAAUUUGAAAAUAUUUUCAAAGAUCUUGGAAAUCUAAAGCAAAAUAAUCGCAUAAGCAUCAAACCAUCGCAACCUCAUUCUCCUGAACCACAAACCCGAGAGCCACAAAAACUCACAUUGAAAAAGAUUCAAGCAAGUCAAUCAAGUGAUAAGAUCACCGAUAGUUUACCUGUUCUCUGGGAAGCUUAGCCAUUCCAAACAAAAUAAUCUUUCUUUCUUUCUCUCUCUUACAGCUCAUCUAAAGUUCAUUUUAUUUACAGUUCUAUCUCAAUUUAUCUAUUUUAUUUACAUCAUUUUCUUAUGACCAGAUUCUCAUUACAUUUUUACUUCUCAAUUAAUUACAAACCACAAUAUAGAUUGUUAUUGUAACCAAUCAAAAUUGCGGCCACUGAUUGACAUUGUCCACAGUCGAGUGAGCAUCUACCAUCCAUAUUAAUCACGCACUUAAUUCACUUUCUUUUUCGUGAUCAAUAGUAAUCAGAUAAUAAACGAUUGUUUUUUUUGAUGUAA